UUUCUCCUUGGCUCAAUAUGUACCUGCUAUGUGUUUGGAAAGAAUGCUGAUAAUACAUAAAGGUGAAAAGGGGGAGAUGCAAUCAUGCUGUAUGGAUUUGUCAUGUUUAAGACGGGCAAAGAACUUGGCUGGAGGAGGACUAGUAGCAUAGUACCUGUACUAACAAUUUUCAAGGCAUCUGAUACCAAGCUGUCAAGACAUGAGAUUGCUACAGUCGUUGAACAAGGUACUGGGUCAGCUGUUUGAGUUUAUUGAUGCUUUAUCUGGGGAGAAGUAUGUCAGUGUAUCUUUUCUGAAGCCAGUACUUCACCUCUUCAACAACAAAAUCCUGAGUCAGACGGAUGGGGACACAGAGCUCACAAAGGUAGUAAAAGAAGGUAUCCUCAAGUACCUCAAUGAAAAGUAUGAUGACCAUGCCACCAAUAACCUCGUUGGCAUGGCAACACUUGUUGAUCCACGGUUUAAGACAACCUACAUGUAGAAAGAGAGGGUGAAGUUCAUAAAGAUGAGAGCUGCUGUAGAGCUGGAGGACAUGGUGGGAGCCACAACACCAGCAUCCAGUUCAACACCCUCGGCUGAAGAUAAUCCAGAGCUUUCCCAUCACACAAAGAGAACAAAGAAAAGUUUAGGUUGCUACUUCAAGUUGGCAGGUUAACCCACCAUUUCUUCAUGGCCAAGCAGAGCUUAAAUUGAACUGGAGUUUUCCAUGUUUCUUCAGGCACCUGGGCCAAAACUUGUGCAAUCUUGCUAAGUUCUUCAUCUGAAAGGGCCUUUAGUGCGAGCGGGAACAUCAUCACAUGUAAUAAGUCAUGUGAAGCCACACACAGUUGACCAUCUUGUGUUUCUUGCACACCACCUAUAAAUUACCGUAGAUAAAAUAAAUAAAUAAAUAAAUAAAUACCUACCCUGUGCCUUUUUUAAUGUGCACUUUCAUUUAUGGCUCACACAUUAAACUAUUUUGUUCAAUCCAGAUUUUCUGGUACAGAUUUUAGAAAAUUCUAUUUUGAUUUGUUUGUUUUUUUUGCUGAACUUUUGAGCAAAAAAUGUGUUUUUCUACUCAGAUGCUUGAAACUGUUGUGCACUUUAAAAAUGUAUACAAAAAUAGUAUAUUUUGCAAAUUAAGUUUGAAUAACUUUUACUUUUUUAAGGCCACUGUAUAAGUUAGUCACAGCUGUUCUCAUUUGACUCAGUUAAAUGUCAAUUAAAAAUAAAGUCAGAGAAAAGUAAGUAAUGAAAUUUGUAUAACUUUUUUCAGAGAAUUAUUGAAAACAUACUUGAUUGUGGUUUACCCUGAUAUAUAUAUUUGAUAUAAAAUAAUUUAUAAUGGGAUAUAGAAUGUUUUUUAUAUCAGCCAGCACUAAUUCUAACAUUUACCGUUUAAUGCAGUUAUUUUCCGACUCUGAUAUUAAUGUUUAAUGUGUAAUGAAUGCAACCAAUUCAAGUCUUUCCAUAGUUCAUCAGCAUGUCAAUGGCAAUUUUCAAACGAAUAUUUGGAAAAAGAAAAAAAAGAUUAAACUUUGACAUUUACAAAGUUUUUAAUGUAAAAUUCAUUUAAAUAUUUAACACUACUGAAACAUGAAAGUCAUUGUGUUGUAACCAUUAUGGUUUAAACAUCUAGGAACUUUAAAAAAAAUGACACUGUUGUUUUUUGAUCAAUUACAAUAUCCCUCCAAAACACAUAUACUACAGGUGGACAACACUAGAUGGUGACAUGUAAUUGAACACAGUGUCCCUCUUGGCUCCCCAGCAAUACUAUAAAAUGGCAUAACACAACUCAUUCAGAGAUGGACGGAUAGAGCUCAGGAGAGGACAAUGUGUUGCUUUGGAAAUCUAGUUCUUUGGUGUAUUCAUGCAAUAGCUAGGAUGUGCUAUGAUAGAAUGUGAUUUAGAAAAAAAAUUGCAGGUUUGUCAAUCAUAUCCAGCUUUUCAUUAAGUCCUCUAGUGUUUGACAAAAGUGGGAAUAUUCAUGGCGAACAACAGCUCUGUUAUAAGUGGUAAUUUUCCUGUAAAACGAAUUAGUAAGGAGGUUAUUAUUGUUCAAGUGUUGAUUGGAGUUUUUCUUAGCAUCAACUUUUUUCUGAUCUUAACUUUUUUCAGGAAUUAUGGUUUUUAUACAUCUAUGCGUUACAUCCUGUUUGCUGAGACUCUGCUGUCUGACUGUCUGUUUUUAAUAUUGGCAAAUAUUACAUUGAUUUUGAGCUAUUUUGGUGUUACCCUGCCAGUGUGGUUGUGCCUUAUUCUGUUUGUUCUUUCAUCUCUUUACUCAUAUGUGACUCCUGUCACCCUCACAGCAAUGACACUGGAGCGCUUUGUGGCCAUAUGUAUGCCCUUGCGACAUGCAGAUCUGUGCACACCGCAUGGUGCUCUGCAGCUCAUCCUCAUCAUUCACUUCAUCAGCGCUGUUCCCUGCACUAUUAAUCUUGCAAUUUUCUAUUCUGCAGCGUCUCCUACCAUUUAUACCCAGAGGGCAAUUUGUCAUGGGGAGAUGUUUGUGUUGUUCACCUGGCAGGGCCAUUUCAGAUCAGCAGUAAGUCAGUUGUACUUUUUUAUAAUGUUUACAAUCAUUGUUUUCUCCUACAUUAAGAUCAUGAAAGUGGCCAAAACUGCUUCAGGAGAGAAUAAAAAGUCAACAUGGAAAGGACUCAGAACUGUAAUUCUUCAUGGAUUUCAGCUGCUGCUUAGCCUAAUCCAGCUGUGGAGUGUUUUCAUAGAAGCUGCUGCUCUCAAAGUUAGUCUGAUACUCUAUGUCAACAUCAGAUACAUUAACUACGUCAUGUUUUUUCUUGCCCCUAGAUGUUUGAGUCCACUUAUCUAUGGCCUUAGAGAUGAAUUAUUUUUUAAAGCAUUGAAGUCUUAUGCAAGUUGUGGCUUUUAUAAAAAAUAA